AUGUAUAUUAUAAAUAUUUUAUUAUAUAUUCUUUUUUUCUUGAUUUUAAUUGUUAAGGGAAAUGAUUAUUAUGAAUUACUUGGUGUAUCAAAAGAUGCUGAUGAUAGAAGUAUAAGAAGAGCAUUUAAAAAGUUAGCUAUUAAAUAUCAUCCAGAUAAAAAUAAGGAUGAUCCAGAUGCUCAUACAAAAUUUGUUAAAAUAAAUCGUGCCUAUGAAGUUUUAAAAGAUGAAGAAUUGCGAAAAAAAUAUGAUCAAUUUGGUGAGGAAGGUCUUGAUAAUAAAUUUGGUAUUUAUGAUGAUGAUGUUGAAAUUGUUACCUUAUCACAUUCAGAUUUUCAACAAUCUGUUAUAGAUUCUGGUGAAAUAUGGUUUGUUAAUUUUUAUUCAACUUUUUGUUCUCAUUGUCAUGAUUUGGCUCCUACAUGGCGUGAGUUUGCCAAAGAAUUUGAAAAUGUUAUUAGAAUUGGUGCUGUCAAUUGUGCUGAAAGUCCAAAUUUUUGUGGUACUCAAGGUAUUAGAGGUUAUCCCUCGUUAGUUUUAUAUCCAUCUGGUAUAUUAUAUAAUGGUGAAAGAGAUUUUAAAAAAUUAAGUGAUUUUGUUAUGAAUAAAAUUGAUACUGAGGUACAUAAAGUUACAUUUAAAAAUUAUAUUCCCCUUAGUCAAGAAUGGUCUAAAUAUUCUAAUAAACCAUGGAUAAUAGAUUUUUGUGAUGACAAUGAAAGUUGUUUAAGUAAAGAUAAUCGUAAAAAAUUAUCAGCAAUUUUUAAAAAUAUGAUUAAUAUUGGUAGUGUUAAAUGUAUUGAGGGAGAUCGAGAUUUACUAUGUAAACGUAUCAAAGAAAGUGGUGUAGCAUACUUUCCAGCAAAACAAAUAGAUAAAACAAUGAUGCAAGAGAUAGACACAUUUGAUCCAAAAGAAAUUGCUAGUAUUGUAUUAAAAUUUUUACCAGAAAUAGAAGAAUUAACAUUAGAAGAGUAUAAUGAAUUUACAAAUACAAAAAAAGAAUUUAUCUCACCAUAUUUAGUAUAUUUUAUCAAUACAGAAGAAAAAAAUAAUAACAUUUUACAUGAUAUGAAGAAAUUACCCUUUAUUUUUAGUGAAAUUGAAUUUAGAAUUGUUAAAUGUAACAACCUUCCUGAUAACUGUGACUCUCUUUAUCUUGAUAAAAGUAAAAACAGGUUUAUUAUGUUUAAAUCAAAUGGUCGAUUUGAAAUUAAUUAUGGAAAAUUUUCUAGUAUACAUGAAUUAUCUAUAUUUAUAAGAGAAAGUUUAAAAUCAGAUUUGACAAUUUUAACACCUGAAACAUAUCAAGAAGCACUAGAUGAUGAAGAAAAUAUUUGGAUCAUCGAUUAUUUUGCACCUUGGUGUGGACCAUGUAUAAGGUAUAUUCCUGUUUUAAGAAAUUUACCUAAUAAAAUUGAAGGAAAAGUUAUUCAAGUAGGUAUUAUUGAUUGUGAUGUACACAAAGAAAUUUGUACUAAUUCUGGCAUUCAAAGUUAUCCUACCACUGUUAUUUAUUAUAAUAAUAAUAUUUUUAAACAAGUUGGGUACCAUGAUCUUCACCAAGUAAUUGAAUUUAUUCAAGAUUCUAUAAAUCCCAUUGUUGUAGAAUUGACAGUGGAUAAUUUUGAAGAAACUAUUAAUAAUAGAAAUGAAGGUACAAUGGCUUUUGUUGACUUCUUUGCUCCAUGGUGUGGACCAUGUCAACAAUUAGCUCCAGAGUUUAGAAAAUUAGCUAGGUCAAUGGUUGCAACAUAUGAUAAUAUUAUUUUUGGUGCAGUAAAUUGUGACGAUCAGAAAUAUUUAUGUCAAAAAUUUGGCAUAUCAUCAUAUCCAUCAUUAAAAUUAUUCCCUUCUAAAACUACUUUAAAUCCCAUAAAUUAUCCUCCAAAUUGGUGGAGAAAUCAUGAUUCUAUGAUGAAUUUUAUAACAAGAUACAUUCCAUCUGAUGUUACAAGUAUUGGUACUGAGUUUUAUCAACUAGUCUUACGUUCACAAACACCAGCAUUAGUUGAUUUCUUUGCUCCAUGGUGUUCACAUUGUAUUCAAUUUGCUCCAGUAUUUGAUAGAGUUGCUAAACGUUUGAAAAAUAAAAUUAAUAUUUUCAAAGUUGACUGUGAUGCUAAUCCAGGAAUCUGCCAGGCAGCUGCUAUUCAAGCAUAUCCAACACUUAGAUUUUAUAAAGGUGCGAAAAGUGGUAAUCAACAACAUUCAUUUGGUUUACAAUUACAAACAUUUGAUGAAAAUUUAAUUGUUAACUGGGUAGAGCAACAAAUUUCAACUCACGAUGAACUUUAA